AUGGGGGAUCUCGCGAGCGCGUGCGCCAUUUUCCAGACGAUCCAUGCCAGGAAUGUCGUCUCCUGGACGAUCAUGGCCGCGGCAUUCGCCGCCAACGCCAGGUUCCGCGACGCCGUGCUGUGCUUCCGGUGGAUGGAGCUCGGCGGCGUGAGACCCGACAAGCACGCCUUCACCACCAUCGUGGAGGCGUGUACGGACGGCGCGCUUGGGCAGUACGGUAUGGAGAUCCAGGCGAGGAUCAUCGAGGCGGGGCUUGAAUCCGAUGUUUUCGUCGGCACCGCGAUUGUACAUAUGCACGGGAAGCUUGAGAGAAUCGAUCGAGCCAUCGCGGCGUUUGGUUGGAUCAAAGAGAGGAACGUUGUCUCGUGGACUGCUAUGAUCUCGGCAUUUGCCAAUACUGGGCAUUACAAAGAAGCGCUGGAGCUCCUCAAGAGCAUGGAUUUGGAAGGAGUGAAACCAAAUUGUGUCACCUUUACUGUUCUUUUGGAGGCCUGUGCUGGUCUCGGGGAUAGAUUUUGCUGCGAGAUUCUCCACUCCCGAAUCGAGGGAAGCGAGAGCUCGAUUUCUUCGGCAGAAACCGUGGUCUCGGCUCUCGUCUUUGCUCUCGGCAAAUGCGGUCACGUCGAUCGAGCCAGGCGCUCGUUCGAGAGAUUGGAAGCGAUGAACUUGGUGUCGCGAACUGCGAUGAUGGCUGCGUAUGCGCAGAACGGGCAUCACAGAGAAGCGCUCCAGCUCUUCUGGGAGCUCGAUCUGGAUGGGAUCAAGCACGAUGCGGUCUCGUUCGUCAGCGUGCUGGAGGCGUCCUCGAGCUUGCAGAUGGCGAAAAGCUUCCACUCGCGGAUCCUCGCCAGUGGGAUUCGCGUGAGCGUCAUCACCGGCACGGCGCUCGUCACCACUUACAGGAAGUGUGGAGCUCUCGGCCUCGCGAGAUCCACUUUCGAUGGCAUUGCCGGGAAGAGCAUCCUGUGCUGGAACACGAUGAUCUCCGCCUACGCGCAGCACGGCCACGCCAUGGAAGCGCUCAAGCUCUUCAACGCGCUCAAGCAAGCCGGGGAGAGGCCCAACAGCAUCACCUUCGUGAGCGCCAUCGCGGCUUGCGGCCACGUUGGUCGCCUCGACGACGCGGUCUACAACCUCUCGUCGAUGAUCGCCGACUACCGGAUCACCCCCUCGAGCGAGCACUUGGGCUGCAUGAUCGAUCUCCUGGGACGAGCUGGGCGAUUGGAGGAGGCCGAGAGAAUGGUGGACAAGAUCUCUCCCGAUGACGCCGCGGAGAGAAUCAUGCAGUGGAAAGCGCUGCUGGCCGCUUGCAAAGUUCAUGGAGAUUUCAAGCGGGGUGGUCGAGUUGCGAGGAGGUUGCUGGAGCUGGAUCCCGGGAGUGAUGCUCCUUACGUGUUGCUCUUCAAUCUCUACGUGGACAAGAAAGAUAAUCCAGGGUAG